AUGCCGCUACUCGCCCGCCUGCUCACCCUCCGCAACUCUCCACUACUCCUGCAACUCCCACCCUUCGCAUCAGCACUAUGCAUUGUGGUCGGCAUAGCCUGGCUCUUCAUCCUGCCCCUCGAUGAGUACUCGCGUCAAACAUACGUCUCCGAGAACGCCAUCCUCCCGGGUCAAGUCCACACUUACUUCGGCGGCAGCGAACAUAAUGUCUUCCGCGCCUACAGACAAGAAGUCUACGGCAUAUCUGGCUGGGACGAGCGAGAUCGAUUGAAUGCCGUGGAAAGUGUGAUCAGGGACAUCGGACUGAAGCCGGCGCGGCAGGAUUAUAGAUACACUGUUGCGGGCGAGGACAUCGAAGGCACGAACCUCUAUACUAUCCUGCAAGGUCCGCGGGCAGAUGCUACAGAAGCCAUGGUCCUCAUAGCCGCCUGGCGCAACUUCGACGGCCAAGUCAACUUCUCUGGUGUAGCCCUCGUCUUAACACUGGCGCGAUACUUCAAGCGCUGGUCGAUCUGGAGCAAAGACAUCAUCGUCCUCAUCCCCUCCGACAGCACAUACGGCCCCGAAGCCUGGGUAUCAGCCUACCACAGCACCGCCACCGAAGUCACAUCUUCCCGAAACGUGAGCGAACUCCCAAUCAAAGCCGGCGCUCUUCAAGCAGCAGUAGCGAUCGACUAUCCCGUCGGACCCUGGGGCCACCGCUUCGACAAACUCGAUAUCCUCUACGAUGGCAUUAAUGGCGCCUUGCCUAAUCUCGAUCUACUCAAUACUGCCGUCUCCAUAGCUAAUGGUCAGAUGGGGAUAGGCUGUAGUCUACAUGGCAUCACAGCCCACAGCGAUAAAUAUCCUGACCGCCUCAAAAUUCUUACCAAAGGCGUGAUCACGCAGAGUGCCGGUCAUGCUACGGGUCCUCAUUCAGCAUUCAUGCCCUAUCAUGUCGACGCUAUCACGCUCAAAACUCUGGGCGAUGGAUGGCAUGAUGAGAUGUCUCUGGGAAGGACGACGGAGAGUAUUUUCCGGAGUAUCAACAACUUACUUGAGCAUUUGCAUCAGAGUUUUUUUUUCUACAUUCUAUUGGGUGCGCAGAGAUUCGUUAGUAUUGGGAAUUAUCUACCGGCUGCUAUGUUGAUUGCGGGCAAUUUCACGGUUACUGCGUUGGCGCUUUGGGUGCAGAGUGGAAGAGCGCCUAUUGCUUCGAGUCCGAAGUCUGGUUCUACGAACAAGCAGUUGCAGGAGGGUCAGCUGGAGGUUGUCAAGACGGCUGGUGCGAUCGUGCUCAUCCCCAAACAGGCUACGCGGACCGUGCAGCGGCAGCUCUUCGUCCCUGUGCUGGCUGUGCUGGCUGUGCAUCUACUCGGCAUUCUGCCCAUACAAGCUCUUAAUACCCUGAACCGCGCUUACCUCUCACUCGGCCUCCGCAUCAUCGCAGCAAUAUCUUACAUUCUCCCGGCCUUCAUCGCCAUCAUAUUGGUUCGAGGCGUCAAGGUCUCCCGACAGCAGAUCCAGAUCAUGCAGUCCUUCUCCCUUCUACUCCUCGGGGCCGCACUCUCCACCCUCGCCACGCUCAACUUUAGCUUGGCGUUUGUGGUGGGCGUGCUGGCUGCUCCCCUUAGCUUUGUUAGGCCUUUGAGUAUUGGGAGGAGGAGCAGUAAUGGAAGUGAUGUGGCGAUCGCGAUGGGGUCAAUGGGACGAUAUGGCCAGUAUCUCGUAGAGAUCCUCGGAGCGCUCACCUGGACCGCGGUUUCGCCUCCUACAGUGUUGUACGCGAUGACGUGGUACUUCGACAAGGAUAUGCAGUGGAUGCUGUUAGAGAUGGCGAAGGGGUGGCAUGCACAGGGCGUUUAUACGCCUCUGGUCAUCUGGUCGAUUUGGUGGCCCGCCUGGAUUCUUGGUGGAAUUGUGCUUGUGGCUGGAGCUGCGGAACGGGUCGAGUAG